AUGUCUCUUCACCGAUUACCUAUACCGCCAGUUGAUCCGUUAGAAGCAGAUUUGCUGGAAACUACUGCGCCACAUGACUCUCAACACAAACUUGCCAUCUACCACAGGUGUGUAGAAGACAUGUUCGGCAUAAUGAAAAAUAAUCAGGAAGAUGAAGAAAUUCUCGAGAAUCGCAACGUCGCGUACGUAAAUACGACGCUCAUACCUUUGAAUGAACGUUGUUUACUCGGUCCCCGCCUUUCUUGA